AUGGCACGGCCGCCUUCAGAGCCUGACUAUGCCUGGUCACGCCCUGGCGGCCUGGUUGAAUUUCCCGGUGCGGAGCCGGGGAGCCUGGACAUCUGGGUGUAUUGCGACAAGUUCUCUUACUUCCAACAAGAAUCGGUCUCCCUGAGAACCUAUUCGGCAGCUUCUGUGUACGACAUCGACAUUAUCAAGGACGGGUGUGAGCCCCGGUCCGUCUUCCACCAGAAAGGCCUGCCAGGACGCCAGCACGAGACUCCGUCGGAUGCCUACGCCGUCGGCUGCAACUGGCCUGAGGCACUGUCUAUUCGUCUGGACGAAGAAACCUGGACCCCGGGAUACUACGUGGUCGUCAUUCGAGCGACUGACCGCCACCAACGGAUACGUGAGCGCGAGGGGUUUUUCAUCGUCAAAGCCAGCAAACCCUCGGACGCCGACUUCGUGCUGAUCCACACGACAUGCACCGUCUUGGCCUACAACGACUGGGGCGGUGCCAAUCAUUACCGCGGGCUGCCAGAUGGGUAUCAAAACGAUACUCCUACGCCACUGUCAAGUACGCAACGGCCAAUCGCGAGAGGAAUGAUCCGGAUCCCGGACAAUGCGCCUCGAGAAGGGACGGGGGACUUCAUGCCGGGUCUGAAUUGGACCCCGCGGUAUCUCUCUCUAGAGUAUUCGUGGUAUGGGCGCUAUAGCAGGCAUUAUGCUGAUGCGGGCUAUGCCAUCUACGAGCGACCUUUUGUCCUCUGGGCAGAACCUGCAGGGUAUAGGAUCCACCACCUCACACAAACAGAUCUUCAAGACCCAGCUGCAUCCCCUCUUGGUGGCUACCGUUGCGCAGUGAUAGUCGGCCACGACGAGUACUGGACGUGGGAGCAGCGUGACACAAUCGAUCAAUUUGUGGACCAGGGAGGCUCCUUUGCACGCUUCGGCGGUAAUUUUGCCAAGCAGGUCCGGUUGUCGUCCGAUCUGAAAACGCAGUACUAUUAUGGUACCCCAGACAACGACCCCGAGAGCAAGAUAAAUCCUCAACGGACCACAACGUCCUGGGAGUGGCCAGCUAUUCAGCGCCCCGCCGCACAGACCGUCGGCCUGUGUGGACUUACUGGGGUAUACGCAAGGUACGGUGUCGCCACUCCACGCUCUUCCGGGGGUUUUCUGGUCUAUAGGCCAGACCACUGGGCGCUUCAAGGCACACAACUCUUCUAUGGCGACACCUUCGGGGGGAACCCCGUGAACAUUGCCGCAUUUGAGGUGGAUGGCUGUCAGUAUACCUUUCGGCAGGGUCUGCCAUACCCUACAUUAGAGGAUGGUGCCCCUUCCACACUGGAAAUCAUUGCCAUGUGUCCUGCGGUCCUGGGCGAACAAGACCGCUGGAACGGCUCGGAGCCUAUUGGUGGUCCUGAAAGGGACAAAAUCGAGCUCAUGCAAAGUCUCUUCAAGCCUCAGAAGGACGGGUCGACUUACAUGCCCGAGUACCUCAAAGGGCUCAAGUACGGCUCAGGCAUGAUAGCGUCUUUCACGCGAGAGAAGGGGGAGGUCUUUUGCGCCGGCACAGCGGAAUGGGUGGUGGGCUUGAAAAAGCGUGACCCAUAUACGGAAAUCGUCACUAAAAAUGUGUUGAAUAAGUUUAUCGGGAAGCCGGGACGUAGAUCAGGGUGUCGACUGUAG